AUGAUAUCAAAAGUGUUAGAGAGAAGAACCACGGCUCCAGAAAAUGUUCUACCUGCUUUUAAUCAGGACUACUCUAUACUAGAGGAUUGCCUAGGCCACCAAUCAGUGGUAAAGAUUACAAGAUUACAUGACACAAAGAAAAGGAGCAAAGUAUGCGGUAUAGAUUGGACAUGUGAUGGGGAUAAGCUUGUUUAUAGUGCUAGAGAUAGUAUACAAUUAAUGAACCCUCAAAUGUAUGUGGCAGAAACAAGCAUUCCAGGGCAAUGGUUUAAGGCAAUUCCCAGUAGUUUGAAUCCUUUACAGAUGAUUUGUAUUGCUCUGAAUAAACCUUGUAUAGAAUUUUAUGAUCUUAGAUCAGGAUUAUCACAUUUUGAGAUUAAUAUUCCAAAUGACUCUUUUCUAAACGUAGCUUGGUCAAAGGAUGAUAAGACAAUAGUAACGGGAGAUAGAACUGAUAACUUAUAUGCAAUUGAUUUGAGGUUUCCAAAAAGCUCAAAACUUCCAAUACCGAUUUUGAAAUCAAAAAAUAGUGGUGAAAACGAAACUAAAGUAGACUUAGAUGAUACCAAUGAAAGGCCAAAAAAAAGAGAUCUUCCUUAUUUUAUUCAAAGUCACAAAAAAUCUUCAGAAGAAAUUAAUGAUAUUACGUUUAGUUCAGACAGUAAGCAUUUAAUUAUGGCUAGAAAUGAUGGAAAGCUGGAAAUAAUCUUUUUGGAGAAUUCAAGAGAUAUUCUAAAUCAAAAUAAGUCAGAGCUUAUUCAAACACAUCUUUAUAGCUCAUUAAUUGUGACCGAAUUUUCAGAUAUAAUCGCGAGUUUUGGACAAGAUCAGACUAUUUCUCUUUUGGAUUUACCUUCCAAAUCAAUAGUUUCAACACUUGGAGGAAUAGAUGGCAUUGCAACUAGUAUAGAGUUCAAUAAUACAGGUGAGAUAAUAUCAACAGCAAUUUCUUCAGAAAAAAAAAAGCCAAGUGAGGAUUCUAAUGAUACAUUAAUGCUAAACAAUACUCAAUUAAAGAUUCUUAGUCGUUUUGAUGUUCCUGGUAGAAUAACAUCGUCAUCUUGGCACCCUUAUAGACAAAUUUUGGCUUUAGCUUGUAAUUCCUUAGAAUCUAAUAAUGCUAAUAACACGAGCAGCUCAAAUAGUGGAACUAACACCUCAUCAAUACAUUAUAAUAAGAUAAUUUCAAGUGGACUAAAUGGACCAAAUAUUCCAUUUGUCGGAUUUCUAACAGUAGAAUAA